AUGGAAGUAGAUACAUUGGAGAUAAUACCACACGAUACCAACAAUGGCAGCGGCGGCGGUAUCACACCAAAGAAAUCCACCCGCCUCGGCAAGAGAAAGGAGUACAUAUACGACGACACUAGCCAGCUCUCUGCGCGCAAAAAGAAGGAGAUGAGAAUCCGUUUAUCAUUAACGAAGCCUUCCUAUGUUCUUAGACUCUGUCCAGAACCUUUCAGAUCGGAACAUCGUCGGAGAUUGCAGUACCUGCUGCGUAGGCUCGUUAAUCAACAGGAUUGGGUUGGAGCUAGCGGUGUUAUUAGUGUUUACAUGAAAGGGACUCUUAAGGAUACUUCUAUCUUGACGAAUCGUUUCAAGUUUUCGGCUUUACUAGAGCUUCUUAAGCAUGUGGGAAACCAUCCUAUCAAUUUAAGAAGGGUCGGGAAUCUCUACGACAUUUGGUCAAAGAAGAUUGGAUCAUUGAAGAUUAGAUCAAUGAAGACUUGGGCAGUACAGAGUAGACAUGCAGUUCUUUUGGAGAACAUCUUGUUCUAUCUUAUGCAAGGCGAUGCUGAGAAGGCAUAUCAGCUUGUUGUAUGCAUUGACCAAGAGAAAGUAGAUAUUGAUCCUGUUUCAAAGAUAAUAUUGGGUUUGGCAUUCUAUGAGCGGUGGUAUUCUUCUAUUCCCGAAGAAUUUCAGUGGAGAGAUUUAGAUCAAAUUGACGGUAAAGAGAACUCACAUACGGAGGGAACUUCAUUCAGCAAUGAAGUUAGACAGUCAAAGUGGCAUAAUACAGUUGAGUCGCACAUGGCAGACUCCCAAUAUCAAUGCUACUCAGAUUCAUCUGUCAUGAAUAAUAAGCAAAUGUCUAAGGAUGUUGGCCUCAAUAAUGAUAUGAUUGUUUCCGUGGAUGUUAAAGCUAACCAUAAAAGAGAAUAA